AUGCUUCGCCGAGGCUCUAAGGCCUCUGAAAGGCGAAGACACUUGAGCGAGAGCCUCGGCUGGCAACAAGACCAGGCGCUGAGCAGCAGCAUCUACCUCCUACGAGAGCUGGGCCCCACUGGCUUCCUGCUGAGGGAGGAGGAGCCGGAAAACAGGGAUUUCCGAGUUUUUCUAGGAAAUCCUCAUAUUUGUAACUGUUCCACAUUUCUGAAAGGAGGGGAACUUUGUAAGCAUAUAUGCUGGGUCUUGUUGAAAAAAUUCAAGCUUCCAAGGAAUCAUGAAUAUGCCUUCCAGUUAGGUCUUGUGGAAGGAGAGAUAAGUGACUUGCUACAGGGGAUAUAUCGAUUUCAGACUCCCCAACCAGAAAUAAAUGACAAAAAUGCACUUGUUGAAGAAGAUGGGUACAUUAAACAGAAGGAAAUUGGUUUGGAGGAUGUCUGCUCUAUUUGUCAAGAGGUGCUUUUACAGAAAAAACUUCCUGUCACCUAUUGCAGGUUUGGCUGUGGCAAUAGUAUUCAUAUAAAAUGCAUGAAGAUCUUAGCAAGUUAUCAGGAUAUAUCAAACACUUCCAUGUUGAAAUGCCCUCUGUGCAGGAAAGAGUUUGCACCAUUAAAACUUAUUUUAGAGGAAUUCAAAAACUCUAACCAACUUGUGACUGCAGCUGAGAAGGAACGACUGGACAAACAUCUUGGAAUUCCCUGUAAUAACUGUAAACAAUUUCCAAUUGAGGGGAAAUGUUAUAAGUGUACCGAAUGUAUAGAAUAUCACUUAUGCCAGGAAUGUUUUGAUAGCUGCUGCCAUCUUUCUCACACAUUUACAUUUCGUGAGAAGAGAAAUCAAAGAUGGCGAUCACUAGAAAAAAGAUCAGAUGAAGUUGUAAAACAUGUAACUAUUAAAAAUAAGAUAGAAGAAAAGAUGCCACAUUUUCAAGAAAAGCAAGGCCAGAUUUACACACCAAAACAUGUUGUAAAGUCACUGCCUCUCCUACUCAUAACAAAGAAUAGUAAGCUGCUUGCUCCGGGAUUCCAGUGUCGACUUUGUUUGAAAGCAUUUCAUAUUGGCCAACAUACAAGAUUGCUACCAUGUACUCACAAGUUUCAUAGGAAAUGUAUUGAUAGUUGGUUAUUCUACAAGUGCAAUUCAUGCCCUAUUGAUGGACAAGUUGUAUAUAACCCUUUAAUCUGGAAAGAUGCAGCAAUGAAUGGACAAGCACGUCAGUCUGUUUCAAACACAGGCAUCACUCAUGCAUCAAAGCAGGAAGAACCAAAACUUUUUAUUCCUGGUACUGGAUUAGUCUUAAAACAAAAUAGAUUUGGAAUUUUACCUAGCAUAUCUCAACAUCAUUCUGAAAAACUGAAUACACCUCAAAGUUCAACAGAUACCUAUCAGAACGUAACAAUAGAUGAUCUAUGCACCAUAAAAUCAGAUGAUUCAAAUUUGAGAAAAUUAAUGUAUGAAUAUAAAAUUAGCCAACACUUCCCCAGGUAUCUUGAAGAUUUACCCACUGGAUCAUUUGGGAAAAUGUCAUCUCAAACAUUUCUUCCUUCCAUUGCUCAUAAGAAUAUUGUAUGUCCUACUGGAAUGGAAAGCCCAUGUAUCAGUGAAAAAUACCACUUUGGUCAAAGCCAGAAGAUGACCAAACGCUGUAAACAUAUUAACCACAAUCCAAAGACGACUCUUGGUACUAAAAUAAGAGAGGACAGCAGGAGAUCAAAUACUUUAUUUCCAGAGGAUUUAAAUCUUAUUGUUAAUUGGGGUACAACUAAACUUAGUUUGUCUAAAAGGUACAAUAAUUGUAUGGGGAAAAUUAAACAAAAAUGUAGUCAUCUAUCAAGACCACCUGCAUCUCACUGUUUAAAUGCAAAAAGUACCAAGCUAUCUUUAAUAAUGGAAGGAGUGCAAUUGUGA